CGUGCAUGUUGCCUUUUGCGCUCAUCUCAGAGGGGUUUUUUUAGUCUCCUCUAGCUUGAGUCGCUGACCUUGAAGACCUCACACUGCGGAUUUCGUCCUCACACGAGAGCCCACACAACGGCACACCUCCCCCACCUGGAACCAGUUAAACAUACCAGAAGCAGCAAGGAUGUUUUCACCUACACUGCCUAACCGUGCCUACGUCGAAAUCCCUCAACGUCGACCUGUCCUCAGGGGUCCAACCCCCAAGCCGGGGAACAUUUGGCUCAUUCUCUACCGCCCUCCCAAUAGCAAUGCCGAUGGAGCCUUCUACCUUGACAUACCUGUUCACAUAAUUACGCGGUUGUGCCAGCAUCCUCACAAGUAUCUCCGCUACCUUGGUUGGUGUGUUUUGGGUAUCGAAGGCCAAGUGACGCAUCAGGGAGAAGAUAUUGGGGACGGAGGAGUGCUGGUUGAUCAAGGGAUCUAUGAUUAUGUUUGUGCUCCGGCAGAUGGAACGGAUGUGCUUGCGCAUGCAAUCGAUCCUGAAGUCAUCAAACUGCGGAGUAACGUUUCAAACUCAGACUCAGCGCACUCUGAUGGUCGGGCGGGCUUCCACACAGUACUCAUUGAACGCGAUCACUGCUGCGUGUUCACACAAGACCCAUUUCCUGCAGCAGCUCACAUCAUUCCAUAUGCUCGCGGAGACGAGACCUCGUCCAAGUGGUUCCGUCUAAUAAUCACCGGACGUAACCCCUAUGAAGAGGAUGUGUCGGACCUUAAAUCCAUCAACGACAUUCGUAAUGGGCUCUCAGUCGGAGCGGAUAUUCACAAACACAUAGAUGCACGUCGAUUUACUCCGAAUAGUAUUUUAGGUGUCGGUGAUGUGCCACCUAGUGGUCCUGAUAACUUUCCCAUGGAUGCAACGCAGUUAGAGUAUCCGCGUGGCGAACGGUUUUCACUCCAAUCGCUAGAUAAUAAUCCCUCGCUGAUUUCCAGGGCAAACAAGGAUGCUUGCUUUGUGCAAGGAACAACUUUAUCCAAGCCCUCUUCCCUCAUACUCCAUUACAACUAUGGUGCUGCAGUUGUCAAGCAGUGGGGUUGUUGUGCCCAUCUGCUUUCAAAGCGCAACAACAUUCCUCGUCCUGAAGUUCAAGUAGAUCAUCAACCCAGUGGCCCCUCUCGAACGGUUCAUGAUCGGAACAUAGCAAUUCAAAAACGCGCGCAUGACGGAAAUGUUGGUGGUACAGCUCCAGGGGGGGUUACUGAAGGUGCUGAAGUGGAUAUGGUUGAGACUAUGGAACCCCUGGUUGGCCAUAAAGGAUGGGAUGAGGAUGAUUGGAUGCUAUUUUUUUGGAGCAAAACCCCAGCUGGUUGCAAAUAUUUUUGUGCAGCUGAAGAGGAAUUUACUUCUCGUGUCACUGAAUGGGUGGAUGGGGUUCCCCAUGAUGCAGGUGUACAGUAGCUAUCUGUAGGUCAUGCAUCUAAUUACAUGUAAUUAUUUACAUCAAGGAAUAAAAAAG